AUUCAUUACAGCUUGAUAUUAACUAUAUUUCGUUCUAAUUUUUGUUUGCUUUGUAAAUUUUCCAUAAUUUUUCCAGUGCUACACCAGUAUGGCUGUUUACUUGGUGUUUGGAAGUGCAAUAUAAAUCCAUAUGGUGGUUUGGUUUAUAUUAGGAUUUCCCCAGGUAAGAUUGAGGCUGUUGAUUGUCGUGCACCAUUUGACCCUGAUAUAAAAUGUUCAUUAAGACCCAAGGUUAUAUUUGAUGUAAGAAUACAAGGUGGAAAGGUUGCUGUCAUGUGCUACAGCGAUUGGGAUAAUGGAUCACACAGUGCAAACCUUAUGGUAGAAGAAACUGCAGAAGGGAAGGGACCCCAGUUUUAUUUGAAGUGCAACAGCUGUUCAAAUCAUGAAAUACCAUCAGAUAGGGAUGAGGGUAUGGGUGUUUUGAGAAAGUGGCUGAAAGAGGAAUACAAUAAUGAAAACUUGCUGUUUUUCCAGCCACAUAUGGUUCAACUUGUUCUCAUGAAAUAUAUGACAAUGCACUCUUUACACAAGCACCCACUAACGUUUGAAGCUCUGGAGUUCCAAAAAUGCAGCAGAGACAGCAUUAUCUUGACUCCUGGUGUUUUCAAGGGUACUUACAGUAGUCACGGUGUGGAAUUGGUCAUGGUUACAAUCGAAGAUCAAAGAAUUAUAGCGACAAAGUUAACGGGAGACCCUAACGUCCCAGCAGGGGAGGUGACAUUUGAUGUCGACCUAAGUCGGCCUGUGACUGAUGAUGGUCAACCACCAGCAGAAGCAGGAAGCUGCCAGGCAAGGGAGUUGCAUUUACCCCAAGCUUAUGAAGCGAGAUACAGAAACUACCCGCCCACGUACCGCGCAAGAUACCAUGGCAAAGGGCAGAUUGCCAGUCAUGGGUUUGUAUCUCCUCAGUGGACCCCGGGCCACUUUGUGCUCUUCAAUGACGACAUGUUUGGUUUUCUUUGGCUUGAACUGUUGGCUUUUAGUGUAUACAGCCGAACAACCGAGCCGUUUCUGAGAUGAGAAGACUGGAAACUAUGCUAUAAUUGCAAAACCGUACAUCUGGGUCCUUCUCGUUUGCUUUUUUAGCGCCCGUGAUUUCCAACCAGGAAAUCACUGAAUUGGAGCGCCACGGUCUGGUUUGUGAUCGCUUGGGUUUAUAUUUUUUAUUUGCAGCUUUAUAUGAUUUAUUUUUUCGUAUUUGUUAGACUUUUGCGCACUACAGUUUCACAGGAGUGAGACCGCGUCAGUCUUCGCGCCGUUGAUUCUAUGAGUAACUGGAAUCUUUCUGAUUUUUUAACUAUAUAAAGCCAAAUAACGACAGAAGUCAUGUAAAACGGAGUACUGGAAAAGACGAGAAAGAAUGUUUUCCAUAAGAGUCGGCUUUCUAGGAAGAUAAUGUUUACACGUAAAAAUUAAACAUGUACAUUCUAGUUCCAUAAUCUCUAAUAGAGACAUGGGAGAAUCAAAAUAUAGCUUGUGAAAUUCUGUUCUGUAAGACAGCGCAAUUAAAUCGUUGUAUUAAAUUACCAUCAAUCUUUUA